UUGCGUCGCUGCCUUUCUCUAGGAGGGAACAUCACGACGCUCCCGUGACGUCGACAGAGGACGACGUUUCCGUAGCAACUGGGGUCGGUCCUUACCCGCAUCGGCCGCUGUGCCACCGGAGCUCAUCAAGGAGUGUAGGGACUGUCGUCUGUAACCGGACACCACCUCUGGCCUGGGCGACGUAGCGACACGGGGGCGACGCAGGAUUGAGGCGGCGAGCCCACAGUUCCGUGUGGAGAUGCUGAACAUGUGGAAAGUCAGGGAGCUCGUAGACAAAGCCACCAAUGUGGUAAUGAACUACUCAGAGAUUGAGUCCAAGGUUAGAGAGGCCACCAAUGAUGACCCAUGGGGACCCUCUGGACAACUAAUGGGAGAGAUAGCCAAGUCCACUUUUAUGUAUGAGCAGUUCCCAGAGGUGAUGAACAUGCUCUGGACCAGGAUGCUUAAAGACAACAAGAAGAACUGGAGACGAGUCUACAAGGCCUUACUCCUGCUGGCCUAUCUCAUCAGGAAUGGCUCUGAGAGAGUGGUGACCAGCGCCAGAGAGCACAUCUAUGACCUGCGAUCACUAGAAAACUACCAUUUCAUUGGCAAGUUACUUAAUGAAAAUCUGUUGUCAUUGAUGAAAAAUGAUGAGAAUGGUAAGGAUCAGGGGAUCAAUGUGCGUCAGAAGGUGAAGGAGAUGGUGGAGUUCAUCCAGGAUGACGACAGACUGAGAGAUGAGAGAAAAAAAGCCAAGAAGAACAAGGAUAAAUAUAUCGGCGUCUCUUCAGACAGUAUGGGUGGAGGAGGAGGCAGUUUUAAAAACUGUACUGAACUGGAUCGGAGUAAAUGGGAUGAGGACUGGGACAAGAGCAAAGGAGGUUUUCCCUUCAGUGAAAAGCUUGGAGAGAUAAGUGAUAAGAUCGGCAGCACAAUUGAUGACACACUCAACAAGUUCAGAAAGAAGGAACGAGAUGACUCGCCUGACAGAAUUAGUGACAACGAGGAGGACAGAUCAUCAAGAAAUGGCAGGCAGGAAACAAUCGAGUUUAAAGAUGAGGAGGAAACUGUCACAACAAAAAGCAUCCAGAUAACACAAGCAACAGAAACCACAACUACCACUACCCGCAAACGCAGCGGCGCAGGGGGCAGCAAGACCCUGGACCUGGGUGCUGCUGCCCACUACACGGGAGACGGGAGCCCAGAGGAAAAGUCAACAGGCAGACAGUCUUCAAGCAAAGGUCUGGCUGACCUGCUAGUGAUCGACCCUUCAUCAAGUCAGAGUACCACAGCAGCAGGCAGCUCAGACCUCAUUGGGGGCUUUGCUGAUUUCUCUUCACCUGCAGCCUCUGCCAGCCUUCCCACCUCCACUGCAACUGCCUCGUCUAAUGGAAAUGGAGAAUUUGGGGACUGGAAUGCCUUUUCAGGAAACCCACCUCCUUCAUCUAGUUCUGGUCCCUCCCAGCCCAUCAAUGACCUUUUUGGCAGUGUCCAGUCACCCACAGCCCCAUCCGCAAACCCCUCUGUACCACCAUCUGCUGAGCUCUUUGACCUCAUGGGUGGAGUAAACCAUCAGCUCAACAAUCCACACACCACACUCAGUGCCUCUCAGAGCAUGACCUUUUCUCUGGGAGGGAUGACACCCGGCGCUUCUGUUGCCAUGCCAUCGAUGCCCCUGUCUCGUUCUCAACAGAAUUUGGGAAGUGCAGGGUCUCAGCAAUCAAUAGGACAAGAACAGAAGGUUGGAAUGGGAGGUCAAGGAUCUUUGGGGUCAACUUGGUCGGAUCCUUCUGUCAACAUCAGCCUGGACUUCCUUUCAGCAGGCCUCAACCCCACUAAGACACCACCCACUCUCAACAACAUCAUCCAGCAACAAGGAGUGCCUCCUGUCAACCUGUUGGCUCAGAAUUUCGGAGGACUCAACCUCAGCUCUCCGCCUCAUGCGAUGCCUAAUAGACCACCAGCCAAUCCCAUGAUGGCCGGCAAUGCCAUGACGAUGGGCAUGCCAGCAUCAAUGCCAGCUUCCAUGGCCGCUGGGAUGCCUCCUUCAAUGAACACGGGUUUACAAGCUGGACUCCCUGUGAACCAGGGCAUGAUGGGAAUGAACAUUAACAUGAAUAUGGGGAUGGCUGCUCCCAUGAUGAUGGGUGGCGUGGCAGGUAUGGGGGUUCCCGGAGUAGGAAUGGGCCUAACUCACUCCAUCGCCCCAGCCGUGGUCCCACCCAAACAAGAUGCCUUUGCUAACUUUGGCAACUUUGGGAAAUGAAGCUUUGCUAAUGCGUGUAUGUGCGUGUGCGCAUGUCUGACAUCGUGUGUGUGUGUGUGUGUGAGAACUACAGAAGGAGUGCUGUACCUGAAGAAAACCUUGCAUGUUUCACUGUCUGCUCGUGCUCUCUUUGGAGAGCUAGCAGCCCUGAUGUUCAUCAUCCCAGUAUGCUGACAGGAUCACAGAGGCUGUGAAGCUCCCGCCAAUGCACCCCCCCCAGCGCCCAUCUGACGUUAGAAACUAUCGUACAAAGAGAAGCAGAUGCGCUGGCAAGAUGUCACACACAGUCAUUACUUCCCUGCUGGGAAAAAAUCUCUUUUUGUGUGCGUGUGUGUGUGUAUGUGUGUGUUUUUACAACUCAAGUAUAUUCCCCUUCGUUCUCUUUGUUUCUGUCAAUGCUGUAAGAAUUCAGUCAUUACAGGGCAAUCAGAUAGGAUGGCUUUACCGCCUUAACUUAAUCUAUGUUAUGUUUUUAAAACAAUCCAAUCAGAUAAUCUAAGCCAUCACAUUAUUUUCAGCAGUGGCUCUGUUAAUACCCAGAAAGCCAGCACUCUGGUCCUCCAGCAGAGGUUAGAGUGCGUGCACAUGUUCAAACUGGACUGCAUGGUUGCUUUUCUACUUGAGCCAUAGGAGUGUGAAUGAAAUGUAAAUUUAAGUCUGGACCCCCGCAAGCAAACUGCCUUUUUUCUCCUCUUUUUAAAUCAAUUUUCAAAAAUGUCCAACAGAUCGAUGCUUAUUAGGUCAAUUAAAGGUGUCAUGUUACCGAGGCAACACUAGCUAAUACAUCUAGAGAACGUGUCAAGUUAUUUCCGUUACAAUAAUUAGACUUCUACUGUCGAUAGAUACCUGCACUCAACUAUACGUUCUGGUUGCAUUUACCCGCUUGCUGCCUGAUUAAAAGGCCAGUCAGUAUUCGUUUAGUACUGUUGACUGAUGUUUUCUUUGUACGCAACCUCAUCAGUGUCUAUUGUCAAAUGUCUCUGGGCAUUUAUUGGUUGCAUCCUGAACAAGAGAUCUGCCUCUUUGACUCACAUCUGUACACUGUCAGUGUAUGUGUAACGCAAAGAAGUGUUUUCCAACCAGCUGUGCAGGGGAAAGAAAGUCCAUAAGCUGCUCACUUUCAUUUUUGGGGUACGGAACAGCAGUUGGUCUUCAGUUGGAAAUGACUUGUCUCUGAUCCACGUUUUUCCCUUCGCAGCUCACUGGGUCACGACACAGGUUCAACUCUGGUACCUACAAAACGUGUGGAGUAAAGGAACAAUAAUUUCCCGAGUUUUUAAAGAAGAUUUCCUGGGAAAGGGGAAACUAGUCCAAAACGGUGGGGGUUCUUAUGUGAAAUGUAGGGGUGAAUGAGUGUAAUGUGUGACUCGGCGUGUGAGUAUGGUUUUCCCUGUUUGACGUGCGAACACAGCUGAGCAGAGCCUCUCGUCAUUUUCUGAGGCGCUGCCCUCCAAAUGACCAAAUGUUUAUUUUGUUACUAUCAUAAGGAUAAUUCCAUAGAUUUUAGUUGAAUAUUUUUUGGAGUUUAAAGAUUAUGUUCAUACGGGGAGAGUCUUAGCUAUUGUAAUUUAGUUGACUUAAAUCAUCUUUAUUCUCUUCAGUACAGAUCUGUUGAUUUGAUUAUUUUCAAUAUAUUUUCUGUACUUCGUUCAACAUUAAAUUAUAACAUCA